GCCAGUAGAUGAUUUGAGAAAAGAUUCGCGAUUGAUGGAAUUUAACUCGAUGAUUAAUCGAUUGCUGAAAAAAGAUCCAGAUUCACGAAAACGGGGUCUUUAUAUUCGAACGUAUGCUGUUGUGCCGCUUAACGAAGAGUGCGGUAUUAUUGAAUGGGUGAAUAACGUGUCUGGAUAUAGACACAUUUUGAUUUCAUCUUACAAAGCCAAAAACCUUUACGUUCAUCAUAAUGAAAUUAAGCAGCUCAUGGAAAGAAAGACACCGUCGCAAGAAGAAAUUUUUCGAACCAUAAUUAUUCCAAAGCAUCCGCCUAUUUUCCACGAAUGGUUUUUGGAAACGUUUCCGGAACCCUCAAAAUGGCUUGCAAGUCGACUCACUUACUCUACAACUACAGCCGUAAUGUCCAUGGUUGGACACAUUGUUGGACUGGGAGACCGGCAUGGCGAAAAUAUUUUGUUUGACGAGUUAACGGGUGCCUGCUUACAUGUCGACCUCAACUGCCUAUUUGGAAAGGGAUUAGAGUUUGAAAAGCCAGAACGUGUUCCUUUUCGUCUUACUCACAACAUGGUUGAUGCAUUUGGACUAAGUGGUACAGAAGGUGUAUUCCGUAAAUCUUGUGAGCUUACUCUCAAAGUUCUUCAAGAUAGCCGUGAAUUUUUAACAACAAUUCUCGAGACAUUUCUUCACGAUCCGCUUUGCGAAUGGAGCAAAACACGAGGCAGGGGUGCGCUUCGGGAAGAGCCUGGUGAGCAUGAGAAUGAAAAGGCGAGAUAUAUUCUUCAAGGUAUUAGUCGCAAACUACGUGGACACGUAAGUAAUGUGAAUGCAGGGCUGUCGCUUAGUAUCGAAGGGCAAGUUCAUGAACUCAUUUCUGAAGCUACAAGCACCAAAAAUCUUAGCCAAAUGUAUAUUGGAUGGGCACCCUUUCUAUAAGGUUGAUUCUCAAGGCUGUUUAACGCACAGAUGGCAACGUUGCAAUAUCAAAGUGGUUGCAUGUUUUGCCACAUACUAUUUAUAUUUCAAAUAUAAUAAUAAAAUGAAAAGCUAUUCUGGUCAAAAACGUU